CCGAGGGCGAGCGAGAGAGAAGGGGGCGGGAAAGUGUGAGAGAGAGGAUUUUGGGGGGGAAAAAGGAUGAGGGGAAGAUUUACGAGGGAAAAAGGAAGCAACGAAAUAGUGCUGGGUGGGUGAGCGUCUGUCCGUGUGUGAAAUGUGUGGAAGGGCGUUACGUGCCUGCAUGACGUUCGCGGGCCAUGCAAAUGAGAUGCCAAGGUGUAACGGGAAUUAAUGACAGCAACGAGGGAGACGACGGCACCGAACCAGCAGAGGGCAGCCGAAGCACCGGCGGCGGCGGCAGACGCAGGAGGAGGAGGAGGAAGAGACAUACACGAUCUCGGCGUUGUUGCGUGUUUUAGUCGCGGGCUCAGAGUUUGUUCUGGUUUUUGUUGUUUCCGGUUGGAGGAGAUGGCCGUGCCCUCCUCUUCCUCGAAGAUCUGCUUCAACCCGAAGUGUGGCGCCUCGUCAUCGGAGAGGUGGUGGAAAGGAUGGAGAUUAAGGUCCGGCGACGUGGCCGAGCUCUGUGACCGCUGCGGCUCUGCGUAUGAUGAAUUAAGGUUUUGUGAAGAUUUUCAUUUUGAUGCUGCUGGGUGGAGGAACUGUGAGACAUGUGGAAAGCGUUUACACUGUGGGUGCAUCGUUUCAGCUCAUACAUUCUCGCUUCUGGAUGCUGGUGGAGUAGAAUGCAUUUCUUGUGCCAAGACAAGUUCGCUUAAUGCAUUAAAGCCGCCUUUUUGGUUAUCUCCUCUACCUUCCGUUGACGGUUUAACAGAUCAAUAUACAAAAAAAUGGAGUCAGGCUCCGGUGCCAAAUUCUGGGCUUGCGCAGGUACAGCAAUCUCCUGGGCUUUUGCAAUCCUUAGCUUGGAAUUCCAACUCAUGUUCAAUGGUGAAGUAUCCUAGAACGGAAAAGGUAGGUGAGAAGCUCCUAGAAUUGGAGCAGGCAUUUACCUGCUUUGUUGAGAACCAAAAUGUAUUUCAAAAGGAAGCAGGUGGUAACUUCAAGUUCCCUGCACAGAACGAGACUGACGUUGGGAAUUCAGAAAUUAAUGUGCGGAGUCCUUUAGGUGCAUCAGUUCAAGAUAAUAUAGGAGGGUUGCUGGAUACUAAGCAUGUGGAAGGAAGAAAGAGCCAUGAAACUGAAAGCAACAUGAUCAUAGAUGAGCUUGAAAUCAAGAAAUCUCUUGAUGGUCAAAAACAUGAAUCAUCUGCUUCAUGCCAAAAUGUAACACAACAUUCUGCUUCUCUGAAGGACAAUGAAGCAAGGGAUUCAAGCAAGCCUUCUGGAUCUCAUGCACGUGAACAGAGGCCUUCUAUGUUGCAACAGGAAUAUCCUUCCAGCUUUCAUACUGGACUGGACUUUUCUAAAGAGGCAAAAACUCAGGCCACCAUGGCAAGGCAUCGCACCAAAGGACUGGCAAGAAAUCAGUCUAUCCUUUCUAGAUAUUGGCCAAGGAUCAGCAAUCAGGAUCUUCAGAAAAUAUCAGGAGACUCAAGUUCAAUUAUCACCCCUUUAUUUGAGAAAACAUUGAGUGCUAGUGAUGCAGGACGGAUAGGGCGCCUGGUGCUGCCAAAAAAGUGUGCAGAGACGUACUUCCCGGCAAUUUCUCAUCCUGAAGGACUGCCUCUUAGGAUUCAGGAUGCAAAUGGAAAGGAUUGGGUAUUUCAAUUUCGAUUUUGGCCAAAUAAUAACAGUAGGAUGUAUGUGUUGGAAGGUGUAACAUCAUGCAUUCAGUCUAUGCAACUGCAAGCUGGAGACAUAGUAACUUUCAGUCGGAUAGAUCCUGAAGGAAAGCUACUGAUGGGAUUCAGGAAGGCAUCAAGUUCUGUAUCAGAUCAGGAUGUUCAGUCACUUGAGAAACAUACAGGUGGGGAAGUUUCAAGUAGGUUCGACAGAUGCAAGGAAGUUGUAACAGCUCUCCCUUAUAUUUCUUCAAAAGCAAACAUUGGGUCAGCCAAUGAUUCGUCAGAUAAAAGGAGAAAUAGAGCUUUUGGUUCAAAAAACAGGCGACCUUAUGUUGACAGCACACUAAUGAAGGUGAAAAUGACGUGGGAGGAAGUACAGGAAUUCCUACAGCCGCCUCCAAACCAUGUUCCCAGUAUUGUAAUUAUUGAAGGCCAUGAAUUUGAGGAGUACGAGGAACCACCAGUACUAGGAAAACAAACUAUAUUGUCUGCCAAUAAUAUUGGGGAAAAGACACAAUGGGUGCAGUGCAAGGACUGUUCAAAGUGGCGUAAGCUGCCUGUUGAUGCUCAUCUACCUCCAAAAUGGGUCUGCUCAGACAAUGUGUGGGAUCCAGUAAGGUCUUCAUGUUCAUCAGCACAGGAGGUUCCCACAGAGCAACUCCAGGGGUUUCCUUCAAAGAUUGCACAUAAAGAAACUCAUGUAUCAAAAAAGCUCAAAAGCGGGGAGCGUCUCACCAAGCUUGAUGAGCUCGCGGACCUAGCCAUUUUCGAUGAAAAUGAGUCACAUCAUCCCUCAACACAUGCACCCACCACAAGGCAUCCCCGUCAUCGCCCAGGAUGCACAUGCAUAGUUUGCAUCCAGCCACCAAGUGGGCAGGGUCCAAAGCAUGAGCCUACUUGCACAUGCAAUGUCUGUCUGAUGGUGAAGAGAAGGUUCCAAACUCUCAUGUUGCGGAAGAAGAAGCGGCAGUCAGAAAAGGAAGCAGAAAAUGCUCAGAGGAACCACCCUAGUUCACCUGAAAAAACCGAGGAUAAAGUCAUAACUUGCUUGCAGGAAGUGGCGUCAGAGAAACCAGAUGAUGAUCCAAGCAAACAGAGUUCAGAUUUGUCAAGAAAUGCAGCAGAUAAUGGAGGAUUACAAACCUGUUUGGCUUACAAGGAGAAGGGUGGUGGUGCAGGAAAGGCCAAAAUAGAUUUGAACAGUCAGCCUGAGCGUGAAGAGGAUUUAUGUCCUUGUUCAGACGCAGUCGACAUGGCAAAGCCAUUCCAUGAUUUUAUGUGGAUGGGGAUCGGGUGUUCGUCCAGAGCUCAAGAAAAACAAACAGGCACAAAUACUGUGGACCUAGUUGAUGAAAAAAUAGGAGAGACUAAUGGUGAUUCCCAUGAGCUUGGCUUGCAGGGAGAAGUACGCAGUCCUGGAGCAACCCUGUUCUCCAAGCCAGCGACCACUGCUGCAUGAUUAUACUGUCAUGCCAAUCUCGAUCUGUCGUGCAGCUCUCUCUUGGUUGUCAGCAUAGAAGCUGCAAGUGUUCCUGAGGAGAGGAUUGGAACUCAAAUCUUUCUCCUUCUCUGGGAACUUAUUGUCCCUUUCACAUCUAACAGUGAGAUUUGUGCCGGACAAGCAGAAUGCAGGGGAAAACUGCGCGCGGUGGACAUAUACAUGCAGCAGACCAGCUAAGUCAUCUUGUAUAGGGUAGUAAGAUUUCAAGAUGAGAAUAGAGAAAUUUUGUUGUAAAAUUAGCAUGUGGCUGCCGGUCUUGGUUGUAGAAUAGAAAUUUUUUAAAGCCAAGGAGUAAUUUA